AGCUAUAAAUAGAUCGUGACGAAAGUAGAGAUAUAUAUUUGAACAUAACAUGGUUUACCACUUAUAAACUCAAAAGUUAUAGAAGGUUGUACAUCUGGAAAUUAAGACUUAAAGAUGACAUUACUUGAGCCAGGUUGCGAGAAUGAAUAUGAGGCCAUCGAGGUGGACAGUAUGUCAAGUCGAAGAGCAUCCUGCGAGGAGCGGCUCUUAUCUAUACCACAGUCGCCCCGAACCUCGUGUCCGGUCACUAGUUUUAGAGAGCUGAUGCGUAUGGACAGUGACAGCCUUGUCAGAGUGUCAGAAUCUGAGGCUGGGGACAUCGAUGAUCUGUGUGAGAAUAUGGGGUCGGUGGACAUGUCACAGGAUCGGCUUGUUUCACAAAGCAGUGGACAGUGUCUUUCAAAAGAGAAAAACAAAGCAACGGAAAGAUUUAGGGCUUCGGGAAUAUACAAACAAGAUAAGGAUGGUGACACACUGCUUCACCUUGUUAUUAUAUUGCAAGAAAUUAGUUUAAUAAUGGACUUUAUCAAAAAGGCUGCAUCGUAUACUUUGCUAUCGACAAGAAACAAGCUUUUUCAGACACCCUUGCACCUUGCAGUAUUAACGAAGCAACAGGACGUUGUUCGGAAGCUAGUGUGUGCAGGAGCAGAUGUAGACUUGCGCGACAAAGACGGCAAUACGCCUCUUCAUAUAGCUUGCAGAGAUGGAUUGUACAAAAUUGUUCAGAAUCUCACAGAGCCUGUCAGGUACCAUGAAACCAAAGAUAACGAGUACGAAAUUCCAUAUCAGGAGAUACCACAAGAUUUCAGCAUUGUGAACUAUGAAGGGUUGACUUGUUUGCAUUUAGCUGCAAUGUAUGGUCAUAACGACAUCAUACAGUGCUUGGUAGAAAAGGAAGUAGAUCUGAAUCUGAUCGAAGGCAAAGCUGGAAGAACAAUACUUCAUAACGCUUGCAUGAGUGGUGACAUUUCUUUGGUUAGAGGUCUUCUAAGACAUAAAAGUUGUAACAUCAAUGCUAGGACCUAUGACGGGCAUACACCAUUUGAUCUAGCCCGUGCUCAUAACCAGGAGGAGAUCUGCAUGGUUCUCGCUGCAGCAGGCGCACGUUACGGAGAUGAUGAGAUUGACUCCGAUAAAAUGACACUACUUGAGCCAGGGUGCGAGUACGACGGUGAGGUCCCUGAUGUUGUCAGCAUGUCUAGUCGGAUGGUUUCCUGUGAGGAGCGUUCUAUUCCCCAGUCGCCGCGACAAUCAUGCCCGGUCGCCAGUGUUACAGAGCUGAUGCGGAUGGACAGUGACAGCCUCGUCAGAGUGACAGAAUCUGAGGCUGGGGACAUCGAUGAGCUAUGUGAGAAUAUGGGGUUGGUGGACAUGUCACAGGAUCGGUUUAUUUCACAAAGCAGAGCACAAUGCCUUUCAAAGGAGACAAACAAAGCAAUGGACAGAUUUAGGGCUUCCAAAAUAUACAAACAAGACAAUGAUGGUGACACACUGCUUCACCUUGUUAUAAUAUUGCAAGAAAUUAGUUUAAUAAUGGACUUUAUUAAAAAGGCAGCAUCGUAUACUUUGCUAUCGACAAGAAACAAGCUUUUUCAGACACCCUUGCACCUUGCAGUAUUAACGAAGCAACAGGACGUUGUUCGGAAGCUAGUGUGUGCAGGAGCAGAUGUAGACUUGCGCGAUAAAGACGGCAAUACGCCUCUUCAUAUAGCUUGCAGAGAUGGAUUGUACAAAAUUGUUCAGAACCUCACAGAGCCUGUCAGGUACCAUGAAACCAAAGAUAACAAGUACGAAAUUCCAUAUCAGGAGAUACCACAAGAUUUCAGCAUUGUGAACUAUGAAGGGUUGACUUGUUUGCAUUUAGCUGCAAUGUAUGGUCAUAACGACAUCAUACAGUGCUUGGUAGAAAAGGAAGUAGAUUUGAAUCUGAUCGAAGGCAAAGCUGGAAGGACAAUUCUUCAUAACGCUUGCAUGAGUGGUGACAUUUCUUUGGUUAGAGAUCUUCUAAGACAUAAGAGUUGUAACAUCAAUGCUAGGACCUAUGACGGGCAUACACCUUUUGAUCUAGCCCGUGCUCAUAACCAGGAGGAGAUCUGCAUGGUUCUCGCUGCAGCAGGCGCACGUUACGGAGAUGAUGAGAUUGACUCCGAUGCAACAGAGGGUACAGCAGAUGGUGUCAGGGACAUCAGACGGAGCCCGUACGACGAACGUAACGCUCUGCGGGCCCCGUGCGGCAUCGCAAGUAACUCGCCCGGUGUCCGUUAUAUCGUGCGGAUAUCCUACGUUGACCGUGCGACUGCCCUGCAAUACUCGUGGGAGCACCGGCAAGCUCUAGCCGGCCUCGCGGUGUCCAAUUUUGCACGGACAUCGUACGAUGCCCGUCCAUCGGGUCAUACGAGCUCUACUGGGGCCCAAGAAGUCAUGUGUAUUUAUAAACACUACUGUACUGAUGUAUACAAUAUUGUCAUAAACACAGUAGCGUUCAAAGGAUACAGUACACAUGGCAUAAAACAAGUGAAAAAUAAGAAAAUGACACUACUUGAGCCAGGCUGCGAGUACGACGGUGGGGCCCCUGAUGUUGUCAGCAUGUCUAGUCGGAGAGUUUCCUGUGAGGAGCGUUCUAUUCCCCAGUCGCCGCGACAAUCCAGUGUUAGAGAGCUGAUGCGGAUGGAUAGUGACAGCCUUGUCAGAGUGUCAGAAUCUGAGGCUGGGGACAUCGACGAGCUAUGUGAGAAUCUUGGGUCGGUGGAAAUGUCACAGGAUCGGUUUAUUUCACAAAGCAGAGCACAAUGUCUUUCAAAAGAGACAAACAAAGCCACUGACAGAUUUAGGGCUUCCGGAAUAUACAAACAAGACACGGAUGGUGACACACUGCUUCACCUUGUUAUAAUAUUGCAAGAAAUUAGUUUAAUUAUGGACUUUAUUAAAAAGGCUGCAUCGUAUACUUUGCUAUCGACAAGAAACAAGCUUUUUCAGACACCCUUGCACCUUGCAGUAUUAACGAAGCAACAGGACGUUGUUCGGAAGCUAGUGUGUGCAGGGGCAGAUGUAGACUUGCGCGACAAAGACGGCAAUACGCCUCUUCAUAUAGCUUGCAGAGAUGGAUUGUACAAAAUUGUUCAGAACCUCACAGAGCCUGUCAGGUACCAUGAAACCAAAGAUAACAAGUACGAAAUUCCAAAUCAGGAGAUACCACAAGAUUUCAGCAUUGUGAACUAUGAAGGGUUGACUUGUUUGCAUUUAGCUGCAAUGUAUGGUCAUAACGACAUCAUACAGUGCUUGGUAGAAAAGGAAGUAGAUUUGAAUCUGAUCGAAGGCAAAGCUGGAAGGACAAUUCUUCAUAACGCUUGCAUGAGUGGUGACAUUUCUUUGGUUAGAGAUCUUCUAAGACAUAAAAGUUGUAACAUCAAUACUAGGACCUAUGACGGGCAUACACCCUUUGAUCUGGCACGUGCUCAUAACCAGGAGGAGAUCUGCAUGGUUCUUGCUGCAGCAGGCGCACGUUACGGAGAUGAUGAGAUUGAUUCCGAUUAAACAGUAUUUAUUCUAAAUAAUCAUUGAAUAGAUAUACUUAUUUUCAAAUCAUUCUGUGCUAUUUGUAGCAUUUUAAGCAAAGUGAUUAGGGCUCAUUUACAUUAUAUAUUUUUUAUGUUCUGCAGGUAUAUCAGAGCUGAUUGAAAUGACUUCUUAAUAUAAUAUUAUAUAUAUAUAUAUAUUUUUACAUCUUUUUGCUUGUGUUUAUAAAAAUGAUUUGUGUUACUGCUGCACUUUAUACUUGUAAACAGUUAACUAACAAUAUAGUUAAACCAAAGAAUGCUUGAUUUAGACAAACUUUGAGAUGUUGAUUGGCAUUAUGAUUUUACAACAGUACAUGUCUUAAAAUAUUACAUAUAUUUUCAUUUGUGUUCUAUAUGUAGAUAUGAAAUGAUAUCAUUGUUCGAAACCUCUUGAUCAAUAUUAACUAUUUUAGAGCAAGUAUUGUACCAGGUAUAUACUGUCUGACAUUGUGCGCCAAAUGUAACAACCUGGACCAAUGUAAAUGUGCAACUGAAAGGGGUUGAAUCGAUCCUUUUCUCUGCUGGCUGACACCACCGCAUUGAUUUCGAAGCAAGUUGAGUAGAGUGAUAUCGUAUUAAAUAUCCGGUUACAAUAUCUUACUUUUAUAUGUAAAACUCUAUAAUCAUUUGGUGCAUAUAUGUAUUGCUUUUUUUGUGUUGACCUUUUCCGGCACACCAUUAGGCAAAUCUUCUGGUGUCUGUAUUUAUUCUGUGAUAUAGCAUUUCCUUUCCAUUGAUUUUCUAUCAUAUGUAUGUUAUCAAAUAUAAAAAAAUUCAUUAAAUGUUUGUUGAUUAGACAAAUCUCAUCUUCUUUUUUUGUGUUGACUUUCAGGGCACACCAUUAGGCAAAUCUUCUGGUGUCUGUAUUUAUUCUGUGAUAUAUCAUAUCCUUUGAAAUUUAUAUUUCUAUCAUAUAUGUUAUCAAACAUAUAAUAUUACAUUGAUGUAUUAUAUAGUUUAAAUGAACAUAUUGGUAUUACGGGUGUUACAUGUGAAUUACCUACAAGAUCGUGCCAUUUCUGGCUACAUAGAUUUAAAGUGUUAAGAUGUGAUCUUGUGAUUAUUGUUAUGAAUUUUCUUGCCAACCAUAUUUGUGCAAUUAAUGUUCUCAAUUGUAGUUUGCAUAUAUAUGUGUUAUUUGAUUGAUAUAGAAGGUGAAUUUCAUUUUGUUAAAGUAUGUCAAAUUGUACAUUGGCAAAUAAAGCUGAUAUUCCUAGACAGUGAUUUUUUGGGUGCAAUUUACUGCCUCCUUAAGGCUGUUUUCCCCUUGUUCAUUUUCGACAAAUCUUGAUAAGACCAGCUUUUUACAGCAUAAUUUAUUCAUAACGGAAAGUAAUAACAUGUUUAUUUGCUAUUGCAUUUGCUAUUUUAGCAGGACUGUAUUUUCCCCAAAGUAAAAAAAAAAUCCCAAUUUGGAAGGAACUGGCGGUUAAUAUAAUUCCAAAAAUCACUGCUAGAUAUAAUGUUAUGUCUUUGUCCGUUUCUCAAACUCUACUUGCAUGUGAAAUUUGUGUUAAAACCUGAGCUAUAUAUGCUUUAGUAAAAGAAAACUUUGUGCUUUUAUAAUCUGUUGUAUUUUAAAUCAAACCUAAUCAAUGUGUUCUGAUAAUUGAAUGUUAAUCUACAUUAACAGGAAGGUGGUCAAUUUUCUGUUACACCAACACAUAUUGUGUGAAAUCUCUAUUGUAUAUAUAAAUGUCAUACUUAUUGAUAAUUCAAGAUAUGUAUUUCAGGGAGCAAUCAAUUUGUGUUUUUUUCUUUAAAUAUCUUUCUACAGAACUCCUAUGAAUGUUACUCCUGGCUUUCUUUUAUUUACUUCAUGUUUAAUAGUGAUUGUACUAUCGGUUUACUUUAUAAAAUGUGAGAUCCAAUUUGUUAGACAUUUUGUAUUAAUAAAUUACAUUGAAUUUUGUUUUUUCUGACAUCUGUGCAAUGCUUAACAACAUUUAUACAUUUCACUAAUCUGUUUACAUGUGUUUUCCUUUGCCAUGGUCUAAUUUGUAUAAUUGGAUUUUUUUUAUGUUUUUAUAUAUUAAAUAUAUUUUAUUUCGUCUUUAGAUAUCCUUAACCUAAGUAUUUUUUACUUCCUUUUGAUACAAUGACAAUUUACAUGAUAACUUUAUAAAAUACUGUGUAUUGAGCUACUGGUUGGCAUUUUGUUACCUGUUAACUUAUAUAUUUUUAAGAACAAAUAUUCAAUGGCAAUAAAGCUUGAAUCAUUA